ACAUGGGAAAUCGUGGCAUUCGAGUGUGAUUAUAAGGAUGGAGCGGAAGCUAAACAAGCUUGGAACGGUCUAUAUGCUUCUUUUAUGAAGUUCUAUCGCAAAGAAGUAUUACGAUUUGUACGUACCCAUUAUGAAGAGAAUGAGAUUUCACUACCACAGGAGCAAACUACUGAUGCCACCAGCAAAUGGAAUUACUACAGCGACAUGCAUUUUAUUGCGCCAUUUAGAGAUAAAAAUAGCGACCCCGAAUUGGAAAGACUUAUUGAAUUGGCGAAACCAAUCGUUCUACGCAAAAAUGAAAGGAAAAUAUCAUCUAAAGAGCACUCAACGGCAAUAACAAUUGCGGCUGUCAGCUCAUCUGCUGCGACACAGACGCCUGCCGAAAAUGUGUUAAUGGAUAUUCCGGCAAUCAAUGAAGAAAAUAUGACUGAAAAAGAAAAGUGCUUGCGUAGUUUUUUUGAUGCUAUAUAUCGUGCAACGCUUUCUUUACCACUUGGGUUACAAAACCUGGUUAAACGAAACACGUUAGAAGCACUGAACAAGGCAGAAAUUUUAGCUGAUGCUGAAAUAGAAGGAGCACCGAUGGAAGAAGAGGAACUGGAAACAUAAACAUACGCUUCGUUAUAUUUAUACAAAACCAUUAGUGCAUAAUGCCGGCCAGCAUUUUCAAUAUUUUCUAUUGCGGAAUUUAUUAAUUGAAUACGACAUUUCUGUGAAAAUCACGACGAUGAUAUCGCUAUUUUUUCGAAUUUUUAUUCGCUCUCGGGAAGAACUAUUCCCCCAAGACGUCACGUCUUUAUGAUACGAAAGCUAUACAGCAAUUAGGGACUAUUUCGAUAAGAAUGACAGUAACUUAUGCGACAAAGUGCGGAAUAUCAAAGAAGAUUCUUCGGUUGGUUAAAUUUUUGAUAAAACGCAAUAGGAAAUUCGGGAUGCCUCUGAGUUUGCAACCACAGCCGCAGAGUCGCUUAUGCCAUUUUCAUCCUGUUUCAGCUUAGAUUACUAGCUCUAACGCACCUAUGUACAGAUGUAUAUUAUUAAUCGAAUAACGCAUCUGUUUAAAAUUUAAACGUAUUUUUUUUGUUUGUUAUUCGAAUAUGAUGCACGUUAUGCACGUUAAAUGAAAAAUAAAAAUAAAAAAUUUAGAAAAUAAAUACAC